AUGUCUGAAGAAGAGCGUGUACAUGAAUGCCUGAGGAAAGAAAUAAGGUCACUUCUCAUUUCCACCAAAGAUGGUUUGACCCCACAGCAGUUGGAAAAGGAGUACCUUUUGAUGGUUGGCAGCCAUUUGCCACUCCGAAUCCUUGGCUAUCGGUCAACUAUGGAGCUGGUGUUGGACAUGCCUGAUGUUGUCACUGUCUGCCCCUGUGGGGAUGGUACUGUAGUACUGAGAGCCAUUCCAGAUGAAUCCACCAAAGGAAUAGCAAGUUUGGUUGCAAAACAGAGGAGCAGCCAUAAGGUUCGAAACUCCGUGCAGAAAGGAAGGGCCAGUGUUUGCUCUGGGCCGAGCUCCCGUCGGCGAGUACCUUACCGAGGAAGGGUGCCCCCCAUUCUUCCAGCUGUUGUGAAGAGUGAGUUGAAAGACCUCUUGGCGUUAUCUCCUGUUCUCCUUUCUGAUUUUGAAAAGGCAUUUGUCAGACGAUUUGGACGUUCAUUCCAGUAUGUGCAGUAUGGAUUCCUCUCUAUGUUUGAAGUGCUUAAUGCUGCUUCGGAUGUCAUUUCUGUAGAGCAGACCAGAGCAGGUUCUUUGUUGAUGCUAAAGAAGAACGUAUCAGAGGAAAAGCAGAGAAGAUGGCCAGCAGGGAAAAUGUUUACUCAGCCUUUUCGAAUGAAACAGGGGUCAUACUCCACAGGCUCCCCAGUUGCAAAGGCUUGCUUUUCACAACCCACUUCAAACAUGGAACUACCGAAGCAAAUAUUGAACGUGGAAAAGACUUUUAAGUCAAAUGCAGUAGAGACUUCAAGGCUGAAUCACACUGAAAAAUUAAACCAGUUGGAGAACACGUUCAAAUCAGUUAUUGCACAAAUUGGACCUGGAGGGACUAUCAAUCCAGAACUAAAACAUAAGAUAAGAUUUGUUGUAUCCAAGUUUCCAGAGGGCUUGCUUAUUUCUAAACUGCUCAGAGAGUUUGAGAUAAUCUUUAAAGAGCAACUUUCACCAAAAAAAUUGGGCUUCUUAAAUGUGACAGAACUUGUUGGAGCUCUUAGUGACAUUCUCCGUGUUGAGUUCAGGGAAGGAGAACAAGACUUACUGGUGUUUGAUGCCGAUAUGGAACCACUACCACCUGUUCAAUCGGAUAAGAAAAUAGAAGUCAAAGCUUAUGUCUCCAGUCCCCCUAGAAAUUCACUGUCUACUGCUGCUGUCGAGGAGACUGCAUGGGAUUAUCCUCCUAAAAACCGUAAGGAGCCAGAACAGAAGAUUUGCAAGAAGCCUAAUCUGGUGGUAAAGCCUUUACAGCUGCAAGUAGAAGUUAACAAGUCACAGCUCAACCUGGCAAUGGCCAAUCGUGAUAUCCCACCAGAUGCUGUACGGGACAAGAAAUUAUGCAGACUGCCACCAUUAGAUACCAGUACCCUUGUGGGGGUCUUCGUGGAGUAUAUCAUCUCUCCUAGUCAAUUCUACAUCCGAAUCUAUAGCAGGGAUUCAUCUGAGUUACUCGAAGACAUGAUGAUUGAGAUGCGGCGCUGCUAUUCUAAUCAGCUGGUUUCUGAUCGGUACGCCAUGCCGGAGUAUUUCAUCCAACCAGGACAUCUCUGUUGUGUAAGGAUUUCUGAGGAUAAGUGGUGGUAUCGGGUCAUUAUCCAUCGAGUCCUUGGGAAGCAGGAAGUUGAAGUAUUCUACCCAGACUUUGGAAAUAUUGGAACUGUUCAGAAGUCCUCCCUGAGGUUUCUCAAGUGCAGCUACACAAAGCUUCCAGCUCAGGCUAUCCCUUGUUCUUUGGCUUGGGUGAGACCAGUAGAGGAACAUUGGACAUCCAGAGCUAUUUUGCAGUUCCAGAAGUUGUGUGGUUUGAAGCCAUUAGUGGGGGUAGUGGAUGAAUAUGUAGACGGAAUCCUUAACAUUUUUCUGUGUGAUACAUCCUCAAAUGAAGAUGUCUAUUUCCAUCAUGUCUUGAGAACGGAGGGCCAUGCUAUUGUAUGCCGAGAAAAUGUCCCUUCUAAGGGUUUCAGAGAACUCAACCCUUUAGCUUUAUAUACUAAAUCCAGUGCAGGGCCAGAGGAUGUGGUCCUGACAGAACUGGGUUAUCCUUCCCAGCAGCACUAUUUUAAUGAAGACCGAGAGAUUAGUCCACAAUCUAAGGAGAGUGAAUUAUAUACCCUGCAAGGUGUUAAUGAUGAAAAGGCUUUCACUCACCUUAAAUCUGAAUUAAAGGAGCCAUUAAAGGAUUCUGAAUUCAAUUCUUUGAAAACCCAAGAUAAGCGCUGUGAAGAAGAUCCAAAGUGGUCCAUCCCAGAGCUAAAGGAUCUGAAGGAAGAAAAUGAGGAUGAGAUCCCCACUGGAAUGCCAUGCCUGGAAUCAGUGACUAUUGGUGAUGAUGUUUGGGAUGAGAACUGGUUACCUCUGCAGGCUAAAAUGGGAAAAGGGGGCGAUGCUGCCUCCCACUUACUUACCUCAAGUCUUGGUGGAAAGAAACCAUACCCAUCAUGUAAAGAAAUGCCACAGAAGGAUUGGUGCUUUUCUGGACCCAAAGAUAUAUGGGUUGAUUCAUGGCAGCCUUCAGGCCUUGUGAAUGGAAUGAAAGUAGAAGUUCAAAAACAAGAGGGAUUGGGUGCUCAGCAAAAAAAUACUGGCACAACCAGGAUUCAGAAGCAGCCAAACCUAGAGAGUUCUUCGGAUUCUUCCACGUUGCCCAAGUUGGAGGAGUUCUACAUCUCUCUGAUUCGGUCGCAGCAGUCAGCGGAAGGGAGCCAGCCCGAGGCCAGCAGCGUCCAGACUCCGGCCAAGCCUGUUCAGCUGUCCUCAGUAGCCCUUAGUGCAACGCCUCCGCUGCUUGAUCCUGCAGAAAAACGCUCUGGUUCAGUGGAGAGCUCUCCAGAGGGCCUAAAGAAUGAUUUCUCUAGUAGCCAUGCUAUUACAGUUUUCAAAGACAAGAGUCACGGAGCCAUGGACCAGCUUUCUUUGAUCUUGUCUCCUGAGCACCAGAUUUCCCAGAAGCUCUACAUUCCUCGGAGCACAGCCACUGCUGCCUUAGGAGCUGCUGCACGGUUAGCCACCUCCAGGAGCCUCUUACACUGGUACCCCAGUGUGAAAAGGAUGGAAGCAUGA